AUGCAAAACCAAAAAUUAGUUGAGUCUAGUUUGUUUCAGAGUGAUAGCAUUUCUAAUUGGAACAAUCUUCCCUCUUAAGUUUAAACUGAGGAAGAUCAACUCAUUCCAGUAAUUGAGUAAAACAUCAGAGCUAGAUACUCUAACUAAACUUUUAAGCCCUAUAAAGCAGCAAGUGAUAGCCCUAAUUCUAAGUUCUAAUUGCGCUCUAGAAAGAAGAAGUCAAUGAGAAUCAGAAUAUCUAUGGAGAAAUUCAAGAAGCAAGUAUCUUACUAAGCUGAGAUCCAGCUAGAGCUGUGUAGUGAAUUCUACAAAGGAUUUGAAUGCAAUUCCUACACCAAGGUUUCUUUCUCAGCUGACAUCAAGCACUAAGUUAGAAAAUAGUACUAGAUCAAUAUAACUAAUCAUCAAAGACUCACUCUUUUUGAAGACUUUACGAUUGAUUAUACUCAUUUUGCUUUUGAUGGUAAUUGUUUUUUCCUGGACUAAAAAUGGUGCAACUAAAUUCCAGUAAUAAGAAAAUGA